CGAGGAGAAGAAUCAUCAAUUAAAAAAAGACAUCAAUGGCAAAUUGGAGAUCUAGGAUUAUCACAACCUUCAAAUAAUACGUCAUCAAAUAAUGAAAUAUAUGGGGUGAUACCUUAUAUUGCACCAGAAAUAUUUAGAGGGUCUGGAUUUUCUAAAGAAUCUGAUGUUUAUUGUAUGGGUAUGAUUAUGUGGGAGCUUACAACAGGUUGUAAACCUUUUGCUAAUGAUGAACAUGAAAUUGAGCUUGCUUUUAAAAUUCUUGAUGGGGAACGACCUAAAAUUACGGAAAAUACACCAGAAUGCUAUGCUAGUUUAAUGAAAAGUUGUUGGGAUCCUGAUCCUAAAAAAAGACCUUCUAUGACAGAAAUUCGUAAAACCUUU